AUGUUGCUUUGGCCUCUGCUUCCGGUGCUCCUGGCUGCAGUGGGCAUUUGUGGCUUCUGGGUUGUAUUUGCCAUGGCAGUUACAAAUGGCUCCGUCAACAUCACAGAAGCUUUUCCAUAUAUCAGCACGUGCGGUGCUUAUCCACCCCAGAGUUGUGUGUUUGGACAAAUUCUUAAUCUAGGAGCCUUUUUAGGUGUGGUGAUCUGCUUUCUGAAGUACCAACAAAUCCGAGAUUAUGGCUGUCAUUCCCGUCUGAAUCUACUUGGACUUAUUUUAGGUGUACUUUGUGCCUUUGGUGCUUCAUUAGUGGGGAAUUUCCAGCAAUAUAACGAACUGGAAGUCCACGUGACAGGCGCAUUCUUGGCCUUUGUGAUUGGCAUCCUUUACUUCUGGGUCCAGACCUAUCUGACCAACCAAGUGAAACCAAGACAUGGAGGAACCUGGAUUGGACCACUCCGGUUCUUUCUUAGCUUUUGUGGUUCCGGCUUGUUUAUUUCCACGGUUGCCCUUUUUUUCCUGCAACUGGAUUCUGAGGCGGCCUACUGCGAAUGGGCCAUGGCCAUGGACCUCUUCCUACUGUUUGGCCUUUUUGCGGUGGAUUUCUGGCACAUCGGCGGCUGCUCAAUCCAUGUGCAGCCCCGAUGUACAGACGAGAAUUCCCAGAAUGUGCAGAUAUCGGUACAAACUCUUUCGCUCUGA